AUGGAUGAGGUGCGCCAGCAACUGGCGGUAGCAAAUGCGCAGCAGCUGCUACAGAAAAUGACCGAUAAAUGCUUUAACAAGUGCAUAACAAAACCGGGAAGUGAUCUAUCAGGGUCUGAUCGUGCGUGUCUAGCUAAGUGCAUGGACAGGUACUUGGAAUCGUGGAAUGUCAUCUCUAAGGCCUACGCGACCCGUGUCCAGAAGGAUGCCGAGUCUGGAGGACACCAUCACUCGCCUUCUGAGAAGUCUCACCAUCUUGGGAGCGUACACACCGCCGACCGUGGUUUAUUAGUUGUAGCUCAGACCGACAGCAGGAGUUUGUAA